GGAGACGGAUAAUGUUUUCUGGUCACGUGAUAUCUGUAUUCAUAUUAUGCUCAAACAAUUUGUCGCUAGACAGUUCGUGUGAUUAUUUCAAAAUGGGAAAGAUUACAUUGGAAAUGUUGGCGAAAUCUCCUAGCCAUACAAAGAAAAGAAGAGACGAAACUGUGCAACAGUACGUGCGAAGGUUGACUCAUCUUUAUUUUUCCGAGAAGAACAUCGAUGAAAUUGACAAUCUCUAUCACUGUCGCAACCUAUCAGUUCUCUACCUCUACGACAAUAAUAUUGCAAGGAUCAAGAAUCUUGGAUUUGCAACCAACCUGACACACUUGUACCUCCAGAAAAAUGAAAUAACAAAGAUAGAAGGACUAGACAACCUUAGGAGAUUAACAAAGUUAUAUCUUGGUUCAAAUUCCAUCACAGUUGUGGAAGGAUUAGAAAACUUAGAAAGUUUGAGGGAGCUUCACAUUGAGAAACAGAGUCUACCCCCUGGUGAAAAACUACUCUUUGAGCCAAGGUCACUUCAAGCCCUUUCUAAAUGUUUGUGUGUAUUGAACAUUUCUGAAAACAACAUAGACUCUAUUGAAGAGCUGAAAUGCCUCAAGAACAUAACACAGUUCUUUGUAGAAAACAACUGCCUUUCAGAUAUGAAGGAACUUUCAAGAGUCCUGGCAUCAUGGCCGUCAUUGUGGAGGUUAGAGCUGUCUGGAAAUCCUUUGUGUCUCAAGAAAAAGUACCGAGACAGAGUUAUAGUCAUGUCAAGAUCAUUAGUGAUGCUUGAUGCCAAGGAAAUUAAUGAGACUGCCAAGCGAUUUCUAAUGAACUGGAAAGCUAGCAGAGAUGCCAGAAGACGGCAAAGAAAACAACUGCACUUCCUUGAAGGAGGCACAUCUUCAGACUUCAUAUCAAGCUCAUCUAACGCCCUCUCCAGUAUACCCUCACUUCCACCAAUCCACGGACCACCAAUCACUGAUGGGGGUUACAUGAUUAAUCCUGGAAUGAAUCCUUUAAUUUAUGACGGAGGUGUACCUGGAGGACCCCACUCAGUUGCACUUCCUAGGGGCACAAAACCAUUGGCUGCAAUAAUGCAAGCAAGGGCUCCCAACUCUACUCUGUUAAACAGGAAACCAGCAGAUGACAUGUCACAAUCAAGAUUUCCCAACAUCUUUGCACCUCCACGUCCCAUCAUAUCUGAAGGAAAUUGGGAAAGUGACAGUGACAUCCACAGUGGACCACCUCUCCCAUUACAAACAUAGCAAAAUAUAAUUACUUUUAGAGAUUUUGAAAGUUUAGAUUAGAAUUAAAAUAAAUUUUGUACAAUGAAUGAUACAUUAAUAUGUUUUCUCAAAGAAAAUUAUUAAAUUAUAUUUCCCUUGCAAGAAAUUAAGAAGAUGAAAUCUUCAACAGCUUUAUUUCAAUUUCAAGACAUAUAAUAUACAGUUGAUGUAACAUAUUAAAGUCAGAGGUUUUAAAUUUCAUGUAUAUAUUGCUGUGAAAUUAUUAUGGUUUGACCUAAACUUUCAUUCAGUAUUAAAAUGUCAGUAAUGAAAUAACAGUCAUUACUUUGUACAUACAUGUAAAUGAUGUAAGUAUGGUAUUAUGGUAUUAUCAUAUUUAUUGCCAAGAGGGACACUAUAUAACUUGUAUUAAAGUCAACAUAGAAGUCUUGAAUAAGACAUGGCAAUUGAAAACCUUUAGUCAGUCACUGGAUGAAAAAAAAAAUACAAUACUAUUAUUUCAAGAGUGCUCAGUUUCUUUUUGGGAGAGUGUAAAUUGCACAUUAUAUACUGUAUACAGCGGCAACCUUAUAGUAAAUUCAUCCAACAAAAAUUUGUGAUACAGUUAAUGCCUUCUAAGUGACAAAAUCAAUUUCUCCAUAUAAUGUAUGAAGCUAACUAGAAAAUCUAUUUUUCCUAUAAUUUUAUUAUUUGGAGAAAAAUUAUCUACUAAUAAAUUCAUUAAAGUUUUCAAACUUUUGAGUACAUUCAACUAAGAACAGGCUCUUCUCUUCCACACAAACUGACAAUGCAGAAACUAGUGUACAUGUUUGCUUUGUAAGCAACUCGGCCAUUACAACAUAGUUGGAGUUUAAUAAACAUUUUGAAGUGAGAA